AUGGAGUGGUGUUACCAAAGUUCUUCUAUCAAAUAUCUUUUCAAAUACAUACACAAGGGGUAUGACCGAAUCACAGCAAGUGUUAUUCGUUCAAAUCCCAGCUCUACGAGUAAUGACGAAACAUUUGACGAGAUCAAACAAUAUCUUGACUGUAGAUAUGUAUCUCCAAGUGAAGUGUGUUGGCGUAUUUUUUCCUAUAAUAUACAUGGACGCAAACCUUCCGUUGAACGCAUGUUCUUUCAUCUGAUUGGGGAGAAAGCUAUCUACUACACUGACCAUGAAAGAAUGGAAAAUGUUAUAGAAAAAGCGAGUGUAACAGAGUCAAUGUUUUCAUCAUGGCUGGUUGCUAAUGAGAAAUAUGAAGAAGCUCGAUUGUUGACGUACGAUGAAUUUGUAACCAAAUUUGUUUAUGAAAAAAGGAAGAGAUUGUGGAAGCCGCGUAAGAGAGGGUUCACCAUAGGGCGUUUGGUCUGGGUCCCCCCUACAACUGGUGAACUUUACUACCUCAGAAUGAUGUUGACAGUGGCCAAAGGACCUACAUGUUAUGAAGAUAUUCGAAAAGUUGGCGACACACAAUAUGAAUCGUUUAGGGAUGCAUACUUUGCAAUAGGGUUCCUUGAAGACGAUCGAGAAUACAUUGGAGCUAUCUAA